AUGGGGCUCGAAAAGGCCAAGUUAAGGCCUUGUAUGGUGAAUCUCUACGGAUUCACCAGAGUUAGCAUCGCCAUCCUUGGCAUAAUUGAGCUCGCAUUAACCGUAGGCGAGGCACCUCUAACUACUACUAUUAUGCAAGACUUCUUAGUUGUCGACCUGCCCUCGGCCUACAACAUAUUGUUGGGUCGCCCAGCACUGAUCGGACUAGGGGCAAUCAGCUCAAUCAAACACUUGUCUUUAAAGUUCCAAACCCCAGAGGGCAUGGGGGUGAAUCAAUUCGCCAGGAGUCAUGGAGAUAUGAUAGGGAUUGACCCUAAGAUUAUUUUCCAUCACUUGAAUGUUAAUCCCAACUACCUAGCGAAGAGACAAAAAAGGAUGCCCUUGGAAUUCGAGAGGAAAGGGGCACUAAAACAGGAAGUUGACAAGUUGCUAGUCAACGGUUUUAUACGCGAGGUAUUUUAUCCCUCGUGGAUAGCCAAUCCUGUUCUCAUCGCGAAACCAAACGGAAUUCGGAGAACUUGUAUUGAUUUCUCUGAUCUGAAUAAGGCGUGCCCGAAAGACUGUUUUCCACUUCCCAGGAAUGACCAGUUAGUGGAUGCAACUGUUGGGCACGAGCUUAUGUCUUUUAUCGAUGCAUAUUCUUGA